AUGAAAAGCCUGAGGAGGUCACUCAAUAAGGAUAAGACAAAUAGCGGUAGUACAAGUAAUAGCACUAGCCAUAGCCAGCAACAGAUAUCACCAAAAAUAGCAGUGCUGCAACCACCUCAACUUGUCAUAAAGGCAAUUGGUUCGUAUAGGGCGGAGAAAGCCGGGGAACUGAGUUUCGAUGCUGGAGUAUUCUACCACGUUCCAAGUCUAGAAAUUGGCGGCGAUGAGUUUUAUGAAGCACACGACCCACUUAAGGGUACAAGAGGUCUUGUGCCACGCUACCUGUUUGAGCCACUUAAAAGAGGAGGCGUAAGUGUGGACAAUAGACAGUCAUACGAGCAUCACAAUCAGCCCAAUUCACACUCACACUCACACCCCAAUUCACACUCUUCAAAGCCCUCCACUCAAUACGCCGUCGUCCAGUUCGAUUUUCUCGCAGAGAGACCAGACGAACUGAGCGCAAAAGCAGGCGAACCAAUCAUCGUCAUUGCCCAAUCAAACCAUGAGUGGUUCGUCGCUAAACCCAUCAUGCGUCUCGGAGGUCCCGGUCUUAUCCCCGUGGCAUUUGUCGAGAUUAGAGACCAGAAGAGUAAUCAACCACUAGAUACACACGCAAUCGUGAGAUCUGCUGUUAUCCCCAAAGUUGAAGACUGGAAGCGACAAGCCGCUGAUUACAAGAAAGCUUCGAUUCCGCUUGGAAGAUUUGAAUUUAACAAGAUGGACAACAGACACAAAGAUGAAAAAGACAACGACAAGGAAAAUUCUUUCCCGGAGAAUUCCACCCCUCACGGUGUCUCACACGGCAGCAACAACAUACCAAGUACUCAUCCAAGUACCAAUUUUAUAUCACCCACUGAAAACGCUCAAAUAGCAUCUACAUCUCAACUGCCAUCUGCAACCACGCCACCUGCAACUACACCAUCCAUCACUAGCAUAUUGCAAUCAUCCGUUGUCUCCCACUAUCACGAGAAUGAAGUGACGUGGUUCCAGUUCAAUAUUGUUUUCGUAGAAGCUGAUACAACCGACGCGACUUUCAUACCAACUAAUCACACGCGCUCAAUGAUUCUAUUCAGACUAUACGAAGAUUUCUACGAUUUCCAGAUAAGAUUGCUUGAUACUUUCCCUGUUGAAGCUGGAAGGAGAGUGUCAGCAGAUGGACAGGGGAAGACGCGUAUAUUGCCUUACUUACCUGGACCUAUAGAAGCGCAUGAUCUCAAUGAGGUGUCUAUAGUGAGAAGACGACUAGAGCUCAAUCAAUAUGUGCACGAAUUGUCUUCUCUCCCACAGCAUAUUAUUAGCUGCGAGCUUUUUAGGGAUUUCUUAGAUGUCAGACCAGGCGAUAGGGAGGUGAGCCACAGAAGUGAGCAGGGUGAAAUGGGUGAGAUUGGCGAGGUUGGUGAAUACGCCGAGCAUGCUGAGGAGCAUACUGAGCACAAUUUGCAUAAUGCCCAACCCAAACACUCAUCCGCAUCAAGUUUAUCAAUUAACGGCGGUUUGGUUGAGAGUAUGCACCAUUUAGCUGUGGCGCAAGAAGAACAAAAAGACGAAGAGGAGCAAGAGAAACAUCAAGACAUACCAGUAUCGGCAUCUGUCGACAGCUCACUAAGCGCACUACCUAAACUCGCAUCCGAGUCAACACUUUCAACAAUGUCAACCAGCGCGAUGAAAGUGAAAGUACUACACCAACCCACAGGUGACUUGAUAGCAUUGCGGAUAUCACCUACCGAUCUCAAGUUGGAUAGCCUUUUGGACAAGAUAAGGGAGCGUUUCGGAGUUGAUGUUAACCGGAUAUGGUCGAAUGAUGACAGCAGCAGCUUUGACAGGAAGGAGAUUAGCACGGAUGAGGAGCUGCACGAAUGGUUGAACAAUGCGUCUAAAUUGAGUUUAAUUUCUGGUGGCACUACAGUACCGCUUGAGAAGAAUACUGUGCGUUUUCUCGACAAUUUUAGCGCUGGUACGCGUGGAGCGACUUCAGCGGAAUACCUCCUUAACGAUCCACGCUAUGCAGUUAUAUUUAUGCAUCGCCAGCAUUCUCUCCAGCCAUACACUAAGCAUUUCAGUCACACCACCAACCCUUUCCUCGAUCUACUCAAUCUACCGGAAUCCCCCGAUGAUGAAAUCACAGUGAACAGAAACAAGACACCUGAAAUGUUCAACAUACUCCGCAAUCACCAUCAAGUCGUCUGCGAAGAUAGAUUAUUUAGUCUCCCAUUCGUCACUAUCGCCGAUUACCUUUUCUUGUUGCGGGAUGUGAGUAUGGCUAUGAAAUCUUGUUCAAAGAGCGCCCUCUAUUACCUCGCUGCUGCAGUCAGUGAUUUCUUUAUACCAACGCAGAAAAUCUACGAGCAUAAAAUUCAGUCACAAAAGGGUAGCUUGCAGAUAGAGAUGGAUCAAACACCCAAAAUACUCGGUUCUCUCGUUAAGGAUUGGACUCCGGAGGGUUUCAUUGUCAGCUUUAAAUUGGAAACUGAACAUUCACUCUUAAUACCUAAAGCUAUUGGUGCUCUCGAAAAGUAUGAGCAUCAUCUCGUUAUCGCUAAUGAACUUAAGAAUAGAAAAUACAAAGUAGCUCUGGUUGAAAGGAAGCUGGAUGGUCAAUUCAGUGAGGACUUUGUCGAGAUUGGUGAAAAUACCCACGAUAAGGAAAUUGAAGAGGAGAUAAUCAAGCAGGUUAUCAGUAGACACGAUAUUCAUCUCACUCAGCAGCGACUUUGA